AUGGCGACGUACCAGGUACAGCCGCCCGAAAAUUUCACGUUCUCCAAGCCCGAAGAGUGGCCAAAGUGGCUGAAAAGAUUUGAACGUUUUCUCGUAGCUUCAGAAUUGAUUUCGAAGGAUGAGUCAAUACAAGUCAACACUCUUAUUUACGCAAUGGGGAAUGAUGCGGAAGACAUUUUCCAUUCGUUUGCUCUGACGGUGGAUGGGUCUAAAACGUUCCAAACUGUGGUAGAUAGGUUCCAGGCACAUUUCGUCACUCGCCGGAACACCAUAUUUGAACGCGCGAAAUUCAAUCACAGGAAACAAAACGAGGGGGAAUCUGCAGAUAAUUUUAUUACAGCUUUGUAUACCCUCAUAGAACAUUGUGAGUAUGGAGCAUUGAAAGAGGAAAUGAUUAGGGACAGAAUAGUUGUGGGAAUCCGUGACAGUAGAAUGUCGGAAAAACUACAGCUUGACGCAAAUUUGACCCUAGAGAAAGCGGUGACUCAGGUUAGGCAGCGCGAGGCAGUCCAAAAACAACAGAGUGUAGUCCGAGAUGAAUCCGGAUCAGCAAACGGCUUGAGUGUAGGUUUAGAUGCUAUAAAGAAAGGACAGAAAAAUCGCCCUGGUAAAAAGCACAGCUACAAGCAAACUCAAGGGAGCCAAGGGAAUAGUCGUUUUCAAAACAGACAUUCAAACAAAAAUCAAAGUACUCAAAGUACUCAUAACUUUUGUCAGAGAUGUGGGAAGUCACCAGGUCACCCCAGAGAAAAAUGUCCAGCAUCGAAUGUGGAAUGCCACAAGUGUCACAAGAUGGGACAUUACGCCAAGAAAUGUAAGGCUACGGUGGAUGAAGUCUACCAGUAUCAACCUGAGCAGGGAUUUGAUUUCCUUGGAGUAAUCAACGAUAACUCAAGUAAACCAUGGUUGGUGAGUUUGACUGUGGACGGUGCCGAUCACAAAGUUGAAUUUAAAAUCGACACAGGAGCUGACGUGACUGCUAUACCCGAGAAAACUUACACAGCAGUGAAGGGUAAGGGACAUAUGCACAAAUUACAGCCGGCAGACAGAGUUCUUCAGGGAGCUGGACAGAACACUUUGAAAGUCAUAGGCAAGUUCAUAGGCGUGUUAGCUACAGAUAAAACACAGUCAUCUACGGAAAUAUAUGUGAUCCGAGAACUUACCAAACCUUUAUUAGGCAGACUUGCUAUUGAAAGGCUUAAUCUCAUCAAGAUGAUGGCUUCCGUACAACAGUCGGGCGACUACAGGAAGAAAUAUCCUACCCUAUUUCAUGGAUUAGGGAAGAUGAGUGGGGAAUAUGAGACAAAGUUACGCGAUGGUGCUAAACCUUUCGCGAUAUCCACUCCGCGCCGCAUAGCGUUACCGUUGCUUGACAAAGUGGAAGAUGAACUCUCAAGAAUGGAGUCGCUUGGAGUUAUUUCCCCUGUUGAUGAACCUACAGACUAUUGUGCUGGUUUAGUCGUAGUUCCUAAAAAAAACAAUACCGUAAGGAUAUGUGUAGAUGUGACUCAGCUCAACAAAUCGGUAAGGAGAGAGAAUCACCAGCUACCGUGUACUGAGGAAACACUCCACGGACUUACAGGCGCGAAAGUGUUUUCAAAACUAGACGCCAAUAGCGGAUUUUGGCAAGUCCCUCUGGCUCCGUCGUUGCGGUUAUUAACCACGUUCAUCACACCAUUCGGGCGCUAUUGUUUCAACCGACUUCCAUUUGGAAUAUCAUCGGCGCCAGAAUAUUUCCAGAAAAGGAUGGAGACUCUACUCACUGGGAUACCCGGUGUUCUCUGCCAGAUGGAUGACGUGCUAAUUUUCGGCCCGACGCAAGAAGUACAUGACGCGAGACUCGACCGUGUACUUCAGUGUUUUGAAAAGGCGGGCUUAACCCUCAACGAAGUGAAGUGCGAAUUCUCUAAAGAUCAAAUCACUUUCGUCGGUCACGUGAUUGACGCGUUUGGUGUGCGACCCGACCCUAGGAAGGUCGAGGCAAUCGUUAAGUUUCCGGCCCCUACCAACGUACCAGAAGUGCGUAGAUUCUUAGGGAUG